GCCUUUUUGAACUUGCACUUCGACCACCAGGAGGGAUGGAGAGCGUCGCGCCCCAGAUGAGCUUUCCGCCGCCACCGGACGCCUCUGACAGCGUCCGGACACCGUAUUAUCGCGCCCCCGCCGAAGCGUCGCCAGCGGAGGCACCACCAUCGCACAAGAAGAAGAAAGGGACGAAGGACCACAUCCCGCGCCCCGCGAACGCGUUCAUCCUCUUCCGCGCCGACUUCACGAAGAACCACAAGCUGCCCGAUGGGAUUGAGAAGAACAAUGGGAGCCUGAGCAAGAUUGCAUCCAGCGAAUGGAAGAGUCUGUCCCCCGAGGCACGCCGCUUCUGGGAUGAACGCGCGGAGGAGGCCAAGAGGGAACAUCAGGCGCUUUACCCCGACUACAAGUACCGCCCCGUUCACGGCAAGAACUCGAAGCACAAGCCGAAGGAACUCGUCGGUGUGUGGAACGACACGAAGGAGGAACCCGAAGCAUCCAAGCCGGAAGCGCCCACCGCACCCGUCGUCGACGACCGCUGGAUGGAGGGAUGCUCGACAUUCUCCGUCUGGAAGGCUGAUGGCGACGACUCGAAGCGGGGGAGGGGGCGGCCGCCCAAAGGCCUCCCUCCACCACCACCAAAGCCGAAGAAGGGGCGCAAGCCGAGGGCGAAGCCCGUGUCGGCAUCGUCGCAGCCCGGCGCGGAGGUGUCCCCUGAGGAGAAGGAGGCGUACGAGCGGCGUUGCGCGUACCUCGACCAGCUGUCCGCGCGCGGCGUGUCGGGCGAGGCGUUCGAGGUCGCGAAGCAGGCGUGGGACGACGCGCAUCGACUGAAGCCCAAGCGCGCUUCGCCAAGCGGAUCGGCCGUUGACGCGGACGCGACGGAGGACGAAGGGCCAGAAUCCGAGUCGGAGACUGAAGCCACACGACGGCCGCCUCCCAUUCCUCCUCCCCCUGCGCCAGGGAAUGCGCCCCCACGCGUGGUCGCGUCCGCGGGCUCCUUCUCCUACGACCGUCCACCGAUGCCGCCUGCCAUGUACGGUCCCGACCCCGUGCGCUCCAGCUUCACGCAGGAGCCGACGCUCGAGCGAUCGACGCCGCGCGAGCCCACGCCCGAGAAGGCGGUCUUCAAGGACGCGUCGCCCGAGCCAGACACGGAACGUGUCGCCGACUACCCACGCUCGUUCGCUCGGGGCGAGGGCGCGCCUCCGGUACUUCCUCCCUUCACGCACACGCCCGGCGAGCCACCGCGGCGUGACUCAUUCGUGCGAGGGUCGGAUGACUCGGCCGACGUUGAGAUGCAGGAUGCGGGGUCCGUCUCGAAGGCGCCGCCGUCGAGCAAGCGCAAGCGUUCGCCACCCUCUGCUCCCGCUGUCGAUCAAGGCGAGAAGACAACGCGGACGGACGAGUCUUCGCCGGCUAAGCGCCCGCGGCAUGACGAGCCUCAAGCACCAUCACCUACUGCGCCAGCCAAGCCACCCAGCGCCUCACGCGCCUCCUCGCUCACGACCGCCGACGGGGAGUACGACGCCGACGGCGACUACGACAUGGAGGACGGGGCCGCGGAGGAGGACGAGGACGGCAUUGAGUCGGAGGAUACGGACUACGAGGAAGGGCGCGCGAAGCCGAAGCCCAAGCCGCGGUCGCGAGGGGCAUCGGCGAAGGCGAGGGGGCGCGGGGGCUCGACGCCGGCGGUGGCGAAGAAGGCCGCGCUGACGAAGAAGUCGCCGCCGCGUGCGGCUGCGGCCGUCGCGGGGAGGGCGUAAGCCAGUGGAAGGUGUGAGGAGUUGAUAUAGGCAUGAGGAGCGAUGCUCAGGGAGCUAGCUCGAGGGUGGGCGCGGUUUAUCCGGCGCGUGCGUCGGCCAGUUAUCAUUGUUUUGGAUUGUGUUUCCGUCUUUCGCGUUCUUGGAUCCUGUUAUUUGAUGUCGGUCCUUAUUACCAUCUAACGAAGUGUACUAGCUUUCAUGAUAAUCGUAUUCGUUUACUGGUA